AUGGCUUCGUUGAACUUUUUUGUACCUCCAAUGGUGCCGACCAGAAGAAGUGUAAUUACAUCAGCCACGGCUGCCAAGAGCGCCGGCGGAGGUAAAGAAGAAAAGGGAUUGCUGGACUUCAUUCUCGGGGCGCUACAGAAAGAAGAUCAGCUCUUGGAAACCGACCCAAUUUUGCAGAAGGUUGAAGGAAAAACUGCUACUGUAAGCGGCGGUCGGAAGAACUCCGUCGCCGUGCCUCCUCCUAAGAAGAAAGAAGGCGGGUUUGGUGGAUUUGGAGGGCUCUUUGCCAAGAAUGAAUGA